UGCCGGGGGGGAACCACUACGGAAAAAUUGCUCAACAACAAAUUUUCUAGACUGCAUUUUGCAGUUUCAAACAUUGUCCUUCUCAGAGGUAUACGAGAUAUUGUUCAGAUAUAUGCCAGAAAUGCUGCUGACAUUUUGUGAGCCGUGCGGCUUCCUGUAUUCACCCCGGGCAACAGGCAACUCCGUCACGUGAUUGGUCACUCACCGCACGGCUAUUGUUGUAUACGACGAACAAUAGGUUGUACUCGAACCAAUCACCUUGGUGUUAUCCUACGAGUUUUGCGUCUAGAAACCGGCAGGUCUCACAGCGACGGGACCAAAUCGAUAAUCUACCCAAACUCAUCUUAACCACCUGCCAUUAUUUUCAAGGAGAGAAAACGCAAUCGAACAUAACGAAAAAAAGAAUGCCUUCGACAACACCCCAAUCCCUCUUCCCGGAUCUUCCCCCCGAACUGCGCAACGAAAUAUACACCUAUCUCUCUUCCCCUAGCCCGGAUUCUCAACCUCUAAAUUCGCACCUCCCCCUCCCCCUCAAAACCUUCACCUGCAAACACACAACCAUGCACCUCUGCCCAACCCACCACGGCUCUACCAGCCUACUCUCCCUGUCCUCCCCAGAAGCCCACGAAUACGCCUCGUGGCUCCUCAACAACGGAAUCGCACUCCACAUAACCAUCCACUUCAAAGGCCGCAUAAACACCUUCAUGCUACCCCACUGGUCCAAGAAGAUAUCCACCCACUUGGCUAAACUGGCGCGCCGCCAUCCUUGGUUGUGCAAAGUAGCAAGCUAUAAGAUAGAUGUGGUAUGGGAUCCGCUCGAUGGCGCACUGCAGAGUCGAUGUCAGAAACGGCGAGCGGCGCAUGUACCGCUGGAUAUGGCGGAGGCGCUUACACAACUUAUCCAGAAGGAUGUCAAGGCUAAGCAGGGAAAUGUGGUGUUACGCGUACAUUUUGAGCAGAGGUUUGCGGUUCUGAAUGCGCUUGCGGCAAGGAAAUUUGGGGUUGGGGUUUUUCUGAGGGAUGGAGAGAGGUUAAGGGGAUUCAAGAGAGUGGUGAGGGAGGUGCGUAUAGUGCCGCCAAAGGUUAUGCCGGGACGGGAGAUGGGUGCUGCGCCUGCGCCUGGAUUACGGGUUUUGGAGGUGGCGGGGCAAAAGGAGGAGGCGUUGAUGGUGGUAGAGGAGGGGGUGGUGAAGUUGUCGGAGCAGACGCGGGGGCAGAUGGUUGUGAGGAGGAGGACGAGUGGUGCGGCGGAUGGCGUGUGGGAGUAUGGGAAAGGGGAGAUGGAAUUUCCCGUUUGUCAGAUAUUGGAAGAGUGUAUGGAGUGAGGAAUGGAGGUUAGGCUUGAGAUUUAAUCUUCUUGAACAACGAUGCUAUCGCAGUAUUGAUAGUGCUUUGUAGUAAAUACACUAUUCUUUUCGUUCAAGAGAUAACGCAUCAAGCCAGAUUGUCCCGUACGCCAUUUCAUCAACAUCCCCCCACCCACCAACCCU